AUGGCAAACCCCAACCCACAUCCCCAGCAUCCCUCCCAACAACAGCAGCAACACCAACCAUGGACUACCUCCCCACCCUCAGCCUCUACUCAACCCUCUUCGCCCCCUACAUACCCGUACACCCAGGCACCGCAAUACCCAUCAGCAUUCCAACACCCACAACAGCAUCAACAGCAGCCGCAUCAGCAGCAACGUCAGACCACUCCACUUCCCCCCGCCUAUCCCCCCGCCUUUCAACCUCAACGACACCAGACAGCCUUCCACCAUUACCAGCCUCCACAGCGUCAAAAUGUUGUGUCAGGGAAUCACCAGAUCACGGCGCCUUUCCAAAUUCCAAGAAUGCCGCAUCCGUGGCCGGUACCUGGGGGCCAGCUGAUUGAUCCGCAGCUGCUGGCGGCGGGCAGGGGAGGAGAGGCUGUAAAGGGGAAGGAUAAGGGACCAGCACCGCCGGGUCAGUGGCAGAGACCUCAAGGGGAAUGGCCAACCAGCAGAGGGUCUUGA